GCCUUGCCCCCUCAAGAGGAAUAACUGGGGAGGGAGGGAGGCUGCCAGGGUCACUCCCACCCCAUGCCAGCAUACUGGCUGCAGGACCAAGGCCUGGUCCCAUCCACCUCUGCUGGGCUGGGAAUAUCUGGCUCUCCAGAAACCUCCGCCCUUUGUGGUAGGGCGCAUUCUGGUCCCAGGUGCUUCCACAAAGGGUCGGCGGGCAGGCCUUGGCUCGUGGGCUGCCCCCAGGCAGUGCAGGGGGGGGGACCAUAAUCAGUCUAAAUGCACCUCGGAAGGUGGGGGGCACCUUCUAACAAACAACUUCCCCGCUCCCCAUCCACUAGGUCUUGGCCUUGGCACGCAUCUACCUGGCUGUCCUGUGUCUCAGCCUGCUGGGCAGUGGUUCCGUUGUGGUCGUCUCCAUCUUCCGGAGGAGAUGCUGCCAUGAUCAGGUCUGCCAGCUCCGCCCCCUCUUCCUUCUUUCUCUGGCGGAUCUCCUGGGUGCCCUGACCCUGAUCUCUACAGCAGCCAUCCAACUCGUUCCUGCCCACCUCUUCAUCCUGGUGUACGAGGCCUGUCCCUACGUGCUGAUGCUUGGCAUGAUGUUCUAUGCCAUUUCUUUGCUGAUGGUCCUUGUCUACGCCUAUGAGAUGAACCAGACUGUCAGAGGAUGGAGAGCGGCCCCCUUCUCAACCCUGCAGGAGAGCAGCCGGUGCAGUGAGAGGCUCCAGCAGGCUCUGCCCAGCAUCUUGGCCUGGCUGCUCCCUUUCCUGGUCUUUGUGGUCCUGCUGGUGCUGCGAGGCACAUCCUUGAGAGAUGUUGUGCCACGGCCCUUGCCCCCCAUAGGGCCACAGGCCAGUAACCGCUCACAAGGAGCUUCUGGCCUCUACUGCUCCAGCUGCUUGAUUCUCAUCCACCAUGCCCAGGACAUCUGCUACCAGUACACAGGCAGAAAGGACUCUGGCAAAGAAAGCAAGGUCUUCUUCCUCAUGUUUGUGUCCCUGGUUCUAGCUGGCUGCACAGUCCUCUACUGCAGGGUGAGGGGUCAGUGCCGCAGGCAGAGUGGUGGCGCGAAUCACCAGCCAACUCUGGAGAACUGCAGCUGUGCCAGCAGAAGCUGCAUUGCCUGCUACUUCCAGCUGGUCUUUGUGGUCUGCUGGAUGCCAGCCUUCCUCCUCUGCAUCCUGUCUUUCACCAGCCUGCAGCCCGCCUCCCUCUUCCCCCUCUACAUGGCCGUGGCCCUGACCAUCUCCCUUCAAGGCUUGCUACACAGCCUGGUGUAUGGCUGGCUACGGCAAAACUUCCGCCUGGAGGUGACUGGGGAGCAGAUGUCCCUGAUGGGCCACCCAGACUUGAAAGCUUUCUAUGAGGACUCCUUGGCUGUUGCCAGUGGGGACUAAAGGAAGCUGGGAGAGCUUGCGCCAAAAAAGCAAGUCGCUCUUUCUAUAUAUUUAUUACAAAAAAACAGAGAGGAACCAGCUCAGCUUCCCUUCUCCUCCGGUCGGUUGGGUGUGUGUGUGUGUUAGGAACACCUUUGGCUCUGGGUCCUGCCCCCCCGCCCCAAACAAAGCUACUCCCAGAUGCUUGAAAGGCGCUCAGGAUUUUUCAUCACUUGCAACAGCCACAGAGGCUGGUAGGCUUAGCUCAGUGUGUUACUCGGGAACCCACAAAGUGGCUGGCUGGCACCCCAGCAGCCUGUUUUCAACAGCAGCCACCAGGAGUGAAGGGGUGAGGCUUCAGGGGUAGACUGCCUUUGCGCAGGGAGCCUCAGUUGUGCUAUCAUGGCUAAUAAAGAUGGAACCAGAAAGCUGGCUGAAGGGAAUCCGACCAAGACUGUUUAUCAGAUGUGUCAGACACAACCUUCUGCUGUUGGGCCUGUGGCUUUGGGCCGUCACAACUGGAAAUCUUUUACUACCAAACCCUUCCGAGUGGUUCAGGUUCAGCUUGUGUAUUUGUGAACACUUUUCUAAUAAAAACCAAACAAAGGGAGCGACACACUGACCCCAGCUGCAGACUCUGCUUUCCUGCCUGCCUUCCAGGUGCAACUGGGUCACCAAGGAGGCUUAGCAGGAGCUGAGGAGAAAGCCAGGUGAAUGCCCGGCUAACAGGUGCAGGCUAGCUAGAGGGGGCCGGCCUCUGCAUUAGAGCCUUACAAGUGGUGCAGGCAAUGCUGCCUUUUCCUUCUGCAAAGACCAAGAUGGGUGAAAUAACAUGCAAGGCCAGGCAGAGUAGCUCCAUAGCUGCCUGGCUUUCUUUCCCACAGGUCCCAGGGCUGUUAGCAGUUCAAGGCCCUGCAGGUGCUGACAAGAGCUCAGUCCUUUGUAGGAGAAGGGCCAUCCUCGCUCAGUGGCACAGCAGGCAGCAGAUCCCAAGUUCAAUCCCAGGCAGGGAGGGCUGGCCAAGAGUCCCGCCUGCAACCCUGCAGAGCAGUUGCCAGUCAGCAUAGCACCAGUACUGAGCUGGUGGCACUUCCUCCAUUCCUAGGAUGUACCUGGUGGCAGCUACAGGUAAGACAUGGCUACCCAUGAGGGGAGCAAUGACACCCCACCCUGCCGCAACUCUAAUGCACACCUAUCCACACAUUGCCAUGGGGGGCUUGUGCCACACACAUUCUGCACUCUUCAGCCAAGACCAGGCCAGCCUCUUGGGGGUACAAGUCAGCUCCAUGGCUACCCCCAGCUCUGGACCAGUUGCUCACAAGAGCAGAGCAGAAGUGGGAAGAGAAUUUCUUGGCCCAAGAGUGACCGCAAUUCCCUUUAAUUCUUCCCCCUCCCCCCAAAUAAGACAGAGGAGGAUGAGGGGGGGGAGAUAUGAUGCCAAAUGAGCUCCAAAGGAAGUUACACCCCCCCCUUUCUACAGGCACAGCCAAGUAUUUGGAAAAUGCAGGGCCCCCAAACCUGAUCUUGGCCUCACAGAGGAGGCCAGGAGAACCCACUGCUGGCCCUACAGAAGUGAAGGACCAACUCAUUUGCUCAAGCAGCUCAAGCAGUCCCACAACAGCCAUCCUCGUAGGCUUGAGGUUGGUCUGGAAAAUACAGCUGGUGCAAAAUGCGGCAGCGAGACUGCUCAUUGGGGAAGAGUAUUGCCAACAUGUCACCCCACUGCUAAAAGAAUUGCACUGGCUGCCCAUUUGCUACCGGGCCAAGUUCAAGGUCCUAGUUUUGGAGUACAAAGCCCUAUACAGCUUGGGACAAGGAUACCAAAAAGACCGUCUUACCCCUUAUAUACCCAGCCAAUCACUGAGGUCCUCCUGCGGAUACCAUCUUACCAGAAGGUCUAUUCGGCACAACAUAGGAAGCGGACCUUUAGUGUUGUGGGACCUGCCCUUUGGAAUUCCCUCCCCUUAAAUAUUAGGCAGGCAUCAUCUCUGUUACUUUUCAGCACCUGCUAAAGGCUUUCCUCUUUCAACAAGCUUAUUAAGUAGAGACCUUAUUCCAGUCUACAUCUGUGUUGGAAUUGCUUUUCAAUGCAUUAAAAAAUACAUUUUAAAAUAGUUUUUUAAAAAAUAAUGUUUUUAAAUAUGUUUUAAUAUGUUUUUAAGGUAUUGUGUGUGAAUAUAUUUUCAAGUCUGUUUUUAUGAUGUUUUAGAGCGUUUUUAGUAGUUUUGUUUGCUGCCCUGGGCUCCUACUUGGAGGAAGGGCAGGAUAUAAAUCAAAUGAAUAAUAAAUAGAAGCAGGUGCUUUUCACCUCCCCUUCAGCAUAUUGUGAAUUGGCUUUUUGAGAUUGUGUGUCCAAAUGUACUGAGAGGUUUGUGUACAUCAGCUUGAACUAAGAUGGUGUAAAAAUGCAAUAAAUUAAUUCCAAGGAAAAGCUUAAAACUAAAGGCUUCUAAAAAUCAGCAUUUACUCUUUUGUCUUGGGAACAAACAGUCACUGCACAGCAGGCAUACCCAUACAAAGCACACACGCACACACAGAGACUGAAGGAAUACUGGGUGUUUUGGAAGAGAGGAGAUGCCACUCUCCCUCCAUAGAGGACCACAAAGGAGACGAUUCCAGUCCUGGCAGCACCCGUGUGUGACAGCACUGCUCUGCGCCUUGUGUAAGCGUUUCUCCCCUUCCCGCACGGUGGAGAUGCAGAGGCGACAACUCCUGUGCGCAGGCCGUGACAGAGGUCUGAAGCCGCCCUGCGAAAGGACACCACUGGCCCAGUGAGAAGGGCAGAAGAGUCUCUGUGGGGAAGAAAGACCGGAGUGUCCCCCAACUCUGAACCCCACGGGCCCAAGCCUGGCAACUGCCUCCCGACGGCUCUGCUGGCACAGGCUGCCUACUGGUGGCACAGAAUGGCCUGGAGAUCCUCUGGCAGUGUCCCAAUGAUGGUGGUGAUGUACUGGCUCACGCGCUGCAAUGUUUCCUCCUUCACUGGGAGACGAUGGCACCUGGUGCGCACCUGGAGGGGGACGAUGCAAGAGCAAAGGCAGGCCAUCAGGAGACACAGUCAGGCCUCCCGAAACGUCUCAUUUAUACACGGGCUGAAAUGUUUACAUUAAAAACGCUUUCGAUCAACUGAUCAGGUGGCCCCUGUAAUCCGGGCAGCAGCUCCUUUUAGACGUCUGCAUCAGCACCCUCAUCUUUUUUCUAAUACAAAACUGCAGAGAGGAAGGAAUGUCUUCAGCGUCUCUGUCUCAGCUUCACGCAGGAGGGGCAGGAGGCUGAUCAGAUGCUGCCUACUUGCCCUGCAUGAACCACCAGGACAAUUGUUGUUAUCCACAUGCAAAGUUUAAUUGAUUAAUUUGUAGGAGUUUAAAGUUGGUCUUAAUCAACUGAGAUUUCUUUAGCUUUCUUACUGAUGGCUCUAGCGG